AUGGCAAAAGAAAGAGAACUCCAAAGGCCUUCAAGGGAAUCAAAACAAAAGUUAAUUGAUGAGCCAGUGCUGGAACCAUCAGAAGUUCUUCAAGAAGGAGUUAAUCUAUUGAAAGAUUCACUUGAAAGUUUUUUAAAGAAGAAUGAUGAAGUAACUGCUGAGAAAGAACAAAGUGAAAAUGUUCCGGCUGAAGGUGUUAAAGAAAAAGAGCCUGAAGGUGCUGUUCAUGAUGAUUCGGAUGAUGCUGAAGAUGAAUCAAUGGAAACAGAGUCCGAGAUUGAAAGAAUAGGUGUUGGAAAGGUUGAGUUAAAGAAGAAACCUCAGAAAAGGAAGAAGAAAGAAUCUGAUGACGAGGAUUCUACUUACAUGCCAACAGCAGAUGAGAAAAAGAAGCUAAGGAUAAAGCGCAAAGCUGUUCAGAAAGGCGUUAUUCCAAGGAAUGUUAGAGCAAAGAAAGGAGGUGCGUCUGUGCCUGAAAGUCAAAGCGGCAAGAGUGAGAAGCAUGUUGAAACUCCUAAGGAUAUUGAAGCUGAAAAAGUUCAAAGUGUUGAAGUUCCUAAGGCACCAGAAGUUCAAAGCAAUGAAAAGCCCGAAGAUCAAAAGAAAGCAGGAACUAGUAAUGAUGAAGUUGAGGUUACUAAAGUAAGGGUUGCUACAACACCUCCACCACCAGAAAAUCUUGAUGUUGCAGAGUCCUCUCAGCCAAAGAAAACAGUUCUUCCAGAAAUGUUUGAAGGCUUUCCAAAUGUUAGAAGGGAGUACAAAGAUGAUAUUCUUUCUUGUGAUGAGUUUGAUAUGUUUCAUGAUGCUUCUGUCAAAGCUCUGGAGAAGAAAGUUAGUAUUCUUGAAAAAGAAAAGGCCAAAGCAGAGGCUGAUCGUGAUGAAUUGAAGAAACAACAUGAAGAAUUGGUGAAAGCAAAUGAAUUCAAAGCAAUAAAGCUAGAAAUGGAAGCUCUUAGGGCGAAUAAAGUUAUGAAAGAUGAGCAGCACAACAUGUUGUACAACGUAAUGGAACAUCAUCUUGGCAUCGAUGUUCAAUCCAUUUACAACAACAUUGAAAUCAAAAAGGUUGAAGAACGAAGGAUUGAAAGAGAAAGAAGGUUGGCUGAAGAAGCAACUCAAAGAAAGAAAGAUGUUAUUAUGGAGACUCAAGAAGCUGGUGGAUCUUCGAGUCAAGCUGACGUUGAGAUGGUUGAUGUUGAAGCUGAUCAAGCUCAAGGCUUCGUACUUGUUGGUGAAGCUACUAUUCCAUCCUAUAACUUUGAAGAAAUCAUUCGCCGUGUGCUAGUUGAACAAAGAAGAAAGAAAGCGAAAGAACAUAAAGUGUUGCUGCUUAGAUGGAAAGAUGAAGAAAACAUAGUAGAGGAAGAAGAGAAAGAAGAUGAAGAUUUGGACGACGUUCUUGAUGCAAUUUAUAACUAUUAUCGUUUAUGGGAUGAUUUGAUAGACAAAGAUGACGAUGAUGAUCAAGGGGCGACUGGGUUGUUAAUUGUGAAUCCUUCUGUUCAACAAAAGAUAGAAGAUUUUAUGAAUGACGAAAUCAACGAACAAGAGGAGGAUCAUCAACAAGAGUCUUCUUCAUCUGGAAAGAAACAUGCUGACCAGGAAGUUGAUAAGUACAAUGAUGUAUUUGUUGAAGAGGGAUCUGAUUCGUCUGAUGAAGAGACAAUGUUUCACUAUGCUGGUGUUGAUGAAACAUUUCCGUCUCUUGCUAAAAUGUUUAAAGAGCAUAAUGAAGACGAAGUUAGAAGAAAGAUUGUGGAAAAGAUCACCACUGAAGGUGUUCCAAGAACCAUUCCGAGAGAAAAUCUUGCUGAAGAAAGAAAGAAGUGGUUCAAGCAAGCAAAAGAUAGAUUUCCAGAUUGGAAGCCGCAGUAUCCAAAGCAAAUUGUCACUAUUUUGGAGUCGGGAGAGAAAGAUAUCACGUUGGAUAUUAAACCGCCGAGAUGUUUGAAGAAUAUGCCGCUACGUGCAAUGGAACAAGACUUUCAUGAAGAAUUUCAAGGCAUUCUUGUUGUCGGGGUAGUUGGACCGGUUUGA